AUGGCUUCCCAAGGGAACGAGCCCAUUGCGAUUGUCGGAAGCGGCUGCAGGUUUCCAGGAGGUGCCAACUCGCCCUCCAAGUUAUGGGAUCUGCUCCGGGAACCGCGCGACGUACUCUGUGAGAUCCCGCCCAGUCGAUUCGACGUCCGUGGAUUCCACCACAAGGAUUCUCAGUUUCCCGGUCACGCCAACGUCAAGCACUCCUACCUACUUCAAGAAGAUGUCGACAAGUUCGACGCCCAAUUUUUUAACAUUACAGCGCCGGAAGCAAUAGCCAUGGACCCCCAGCAGCGCCUCCUUCUGGAGACAGUUUACGAGGGCUUGGAGAGCGCUGGCUUGACUAUUGAAGGCCUCAAAGGCUCCAACACUGGUGUCUAUGUCGGUGUUAUGUAUGUCGACUACGAAUCUCUGCAAUUUCGAGACUUGCAGCACGUCCCAACGUACCUUGCAAUUGGUACCGCUCGGAGUAUCGUUUCCAACAGGAUAUCGUACUUCUUCGACUGGCAUGGACCCUCACUCACUGUAGACACCGCCUGCUCCUCCAGUCUGGUCGCGGUGCACCAAGCCGUUCAGGCUCUGCGAUCCGGAGAGGUCCGUGUCGCAUUGGCCGCCGGAAGUAAUCUUCUUCUCGGCCCCGAGCCUUAUAUCCACGAGAGCAAGCUGAAAAUGCUGUCUCCCGAUGGUCGCUCUCGCAUGUGGGACCAAGGUGCUAACGGCUACGCACGCGGUGACGGCGUGGCCGCUGUUGUUCUUAAGACGCUAAGCGCUGCACUGGCUGACGGUGAUCACAUCGAAGCCAUUAUUCGCGAGACUGGCGUGAACCAAGAUGGUCGCAGUCGCGGCAUCACGAUGCCCAGUGCAGCGGCGCAGGCGUCGCUCAUCCGCGCUACCUACGCCAAAGCAGGACUCAAUCCAGAGUCCGACACCGAUCGUUGCCAAUACUUCGAAGCUCACGGUACGGGAACGCCAGCAGGUGACCCGGUUGAGGCCGAGGCUGUGCACACCGCGUUUUUCGGCAACAGAGAUCCUGCUGCGGAUCGUCUGCUCGUCGGUUCCAUUAAGACCAUCAUCGGCCAUACGGAGAGCACAGCCGGUAUUGCUGGUAUUCUCAAGGUCGUGCAAGCCAUGAAGCACGGCUAUGUACCACCGAACAUGUUGCUGGAAAACCUCAAUCCGAACGUUUUGCCUUUCUACAGCAACUUGAAGAUUCCCCAGGAGCUUACCCCUUGGCCACAGCUUGCACCGGGUCAAAGCCGGCGAGCCAGCGUGAACAGCUUCGGGUUUGGUGGUACAAACGCGCACAUCAUUCUCGAGGGGUAUGAGGCGUCCAGUUCCGAGGAAGACAACGACACCCAAAGCGUCGCUCCUUUCCUCUUCUCCGCUCAGUCAAAGCAAUCGCUUUUGUCUAGUCUCGCCGCCCACGCCGAGUAUUUGGAGCAACAUCCCAAAACCAGCCCUUCAGACCUUUCGUGGACACUGCGAUCACGCCGCUCUCGUCUUCCCUUGCGACUGGCGCUGCCAGCGUCAACCAUUGAGGUGCUCCAGACCAACCUAAAGGGAAUCAUUGGCAACAGCAACUUUCAGUUGGACUCCAAGGCUGCCGGCACCAGCACCAAGGAAGCUCGCCUCUUGGGCGUCUUCACGGGUCAAGGUGCGCAAUGGGCUCGCAUGGGAGCUGAGCUUGUUGAAACCUCCCAGUACGCCUCUGACUUGCUAGCCACCAUGGAUGAUGCUUUGGUGCAGUUGCCCGAGGCCGACCGCCCAUCUUGGACUCUAAGGGAGCAACUGCUCGCCGAAGCGAAGACGAGCCAGAUUGGCAGUGCUUCAGUUGCGCAGCCUCUGUGUACCGCUGUUCAAGUCAUCCUUGUUGAGCUCCUUCGUCAAUGUGGUAUCAACUUCGCUGCAGUAGUUGGUCACUCCUCUGGAGAGAUUGGGGCAGCCUUUGCUGCUGGAGCCCUAUCUGCCAUUGACGCUAUUCGCAUCGCAUACUACCGUGGCCUUCAUUCCCGUUUGGCUGAAGGUCCAGAGGGAGUGCAAGGUGCUAUGCUAGCGGUUGGAACGACUCUAGAGGACGCCGAAUCUAUCUGCAACGAUGACUACUUCCUGGGAAGAGUCAAGGUUGCCGCAUGCAACUCUGCGACCAGCAUCACCAUCUCUGGUGAUGAAGACGCGAUUGAGGAGAUGAUUGACAUUUUCGAGGACGAAAGCAAGUUCGUUCGACGUCUGAGGGUAGACAAGGCUUACCACUCACACCACAUGGUCCCUUGCUCCCAGCCGUAUUUGGAGUCCAUGAAGCCAUUCGCCAUCCAGAUGAAGCAAUCUGACUCGAAGUGUACUUGGGUCUCCAGUGUCAACCCGGACCGGUCCCUCGACGCGUCAAACAGUUUUGAUGCGUCAUACUGGGUCGACAACCUCCUCUCGCCAGUGCUCUUCAUGCAAGCAGUCGAGAAGGCCAUGCAGCUCGGUCCUUUUGACGCUGCCAUUGAAGUCGGCCCUCAUCCUGCUCUCAAGGGUCCCGUUCUUGACACGCUCAAGGAGCAAAAGGUCGAAAUUCCGUACACUGGCUUACUCCAGCGCAACACCAACGCAGUCCAGAGUGUUUCCUCUGCGAUCGGCUAUGUGUGGACGCACGUUGACAACCUCAUCAUCGACUUUGAUCGCUAUGAAUCUGCACUUAGCGGACCGAAGCAGCACCACUUCAUAUCUGAUCUGCCAACAUAUCAAUGGAAUCACUCUCAAGGGUAUUGGCACGAGUCCAACCUGUCAAAGAACCUGCGCACAAGGAGUCAACCCGUUCACCAGCUUCUCGGAGACUUGCAACCCCAGAGCUCAGCUCACCAGGUCACAUGGAAGGCGAUCUUGCGCCCUCAUGAUCUCCCCUGGGUUCACCACCACAGAAUCCAAGGCCAGACGGUCUUCCCCGCAGCUGCGUACGCUGCCACGGCGUUCGAGACCAUUCCAUUCCUUGCGGGAGAGACUCCGGUUCAGCUCAUGGAAAUCAAAGACUUGGUGAUUCAUCAGGCUUUGGUAUUCGGAAACGAUGAGCAAGAGUCUGGCAUCGAGGUUCGGUCUGUCAUCAGCAACAUCAUCCGCGACGACCCUGCUUCUAUCACAGCCCACUUUACGUAUGAGGCAUGUAUAGGAUCACACAAGGACUUCCAGCUUGUCGCAAGUUGCGAGAUCUCCGUCUCACUUGGAGAGGCGUCUCGUGACACGCUGCCCGCGACUGCCCGGAUCGAGCCUUACAUGGUGGACGUCGAUACAGAGCUCGCGUACUCUUCCCUCAAUGAUGUCGGCUACGGGUACACGGGUCCCUUCAAAGCUCUGUCUGACUUAAAGAGAAAGCUUGGCAAGGCGUCUGGAUCUCUCGCCUUGACAGCACCUGAGUCUGAUGACGAGGUUCUCAUCAUCCACCCCGCGGUUUUGGACGCAGCCUUCCACUCUAUCAUCUUGACUUUCAGCUACCCUGAAGAUGGCAGACUUUGGAGUCUACAUCUGCCGACCCGAAUUGACAAGAUCAGAAUCAACCCUUCCUUGUGUGGGCGUCACUGGUCAGGCGCUGCUGAAGUCCCAUUCGUCGCAUCCAUGGCCGACGACGCUGAGUCUGCGGAUACCUCUGGAUUCCAGGGCGAUGUCGAUAUCCAUGACCAGGAUGGAGAAUUCACUGCUGUUCAGGUGGAAGGACUCCACGUUGUCCCCUUCACCCCGGCGUCCCCAGCUGAUGAUCAGCAGCAGUUCUAUGCUACGCACUGGGUGCACUCUGAGCCUAACGCUGACAUCCCUGGCACUUACGAUGCCUCUGCUCAAGACAAGGAGAUGGCAGUCAUCCUAGAGCGCGGCAGCUACUUCUACCUCCGACAGCUGGAAAGCCAGAUUCCAGAGGGUCACCCCGGACGAUCUGACCCGUACAAUGCCGCCUAUCUUUCUUUCGCUUCCCAUACUCACAAGCUCGUCCAGCAAGGCAAGCAUCGCUACGCCAAGAAGGAAUGGCUCAACGACACGUUGGAAGACAUUGUCGCCCUAUCCAAGCCGUUCUCCGAUCAGCCCGAAGUUAAGGCCAUGCAUAUUGUCGGAGAGCAGAUGCCUCGAGCUAUUCUGGGGGAGACAACCAUGCUCGAGCACUUGAUGAACAACGGACUGUUGGCCGACUACUACGCCCAAGCCCGAAGCAUCAACCGAGGCACCGACCUCCUAGCUGAGACUGUCGUGCAAAUCCUGCAGCGGUAUCCAGAGAGCAAGAUUCUGGAGGUCGGCGCCGGCACCGGACAGGCUACUCGAGAGAUUUUCAAGCGGGUGGACGACAACUUCUCAACGUACACCUUCACCGAUGUCUCAGCGGCCUUCUUCGACAAGGCCGAGGCCGAGUUCGAGGCAUUUGAGGACCGCAUGGUGUAUAGUGUUCUGGACCUUGAGCAGGAUAUGAAGACUCAGGGCUUCGAGGAGCACUCAUAUGAUAUUGUCGUCGCCUCCUUCGUGCUGCAUGCCACGAAGAGCAUUGAGCAGACUGUGCGUCGCGUGCGAUCGCUUCUGAAGCCUGGUGGCUACCUCGUUCUUUACGAGGUCACAAAUACCGACAUCAUCCGCGGCACCGCACUCUUUGGAUGUCUGCCAGGAUGGUGGCAGGGCGUUGAAGAGGGAAGAACCCUGGGUGCUUGCGUGUCCGAGUCCAAGUGGGAUGCCAUACUGCGCAAGACUGGGUUCUCAGGAGUCGACACCAUGACGCCCGUCAAGGAUGCCAUGUCUCUCCCCAAUUCCGUCAUGGUCUCGCAGGCUGUUGAUGACUGGGUCGAGUUCAUUCGGGAGCCUUUGUUGGCAUCUCCAUCGCUAUUUGUUGGACAAUCUGUCAUCAAACAUCUCUUCAUCAUUGGAGGAGCCACUUUGCGUGUUUCUCGCUUGGUGCAGGACAUUCGAAAGCUGAUCCAUGCUUUCUGCGAUGAGAUUACGGUGGUUGAAUCACUGGAGAGACUUGAUGAUGUCGAAAUCAACGAGAACGCCACCGUCCUUGUUCUCGAAGACCUCGAUCAUCCCGUCUUCAAAGAAAUCACAACUGCUCGUUGGGCUGGCCUCAAGCACCUCUUCGGAUCUGAGAAGUCUAUCGCAUGGAUCACCCAAGAUCGCAUGAUCGACAAUCCCUUCGGUAACAUGGGUGUCGGAUUCGCCCGAUCGGCCUUGUGGGAGAUUCCAGAGAUCCGUUAUCAGUUCAUCGACUUCCAAGAUGCGCACCGUAUCGACGCCAGAGCGUUGGUGGAGUCGGUCCUGCGCUUCCAAAUGUCUGGUUCGGUCCAAGAGCAAAGCCAACGCAAGUCCCUUUGGUCUGUCGAGUCUGAGAUCGUCAUCGACUCGGACGGACGCCAGUUGGUUCCCCGGAUGAGACCUGUUAGCACCGCCAAUGAUCGCUACAACGCGGCUCGCAGGACCAUUGUGAAGGACGCUCAGACUCUGACCUCUCAAAUCGCUAUUGAAAGUGUAGAUGACCGGCAUAUACUUGUCGAACGGCCUUCUGUUGCCCCUAGCCUCUCCGAUGGCAGCGCAGUCACCUUGAACUUGACGCAUUCCAGCUUGUAUGCCAUCAAGAUCGACGGUGGGGAUGCAUUCUUGGUGCUGGGAAGCUGCCCAACGAGCGGCACUCAGUACGUUGGACUUUCCGAGUCUGUUGCCUCAGUAGUCAACAUAUCCAAGAGGAACCUCGUCGCUUGUUCCAUUGCCCCUGAGUCUGCGGCGGUGUUUUUGGCAGAUGUUGCUGCGCAGCUUCUGAUGCCAGCACUUGCGGGGUCCCUCAGCGAAGGAGACACUCUCUUGGCUCACGACGCUCCCGAGGCGGUAGUGAAGCUACUCAGUAGUCAUGCUAAGCUUGCUGGCAUCAAGUUGGCUUGCACUACCUCUUCGCGAGAGGUUGAAAAGCACACUGAUGCCGUCUACGUCGGACGUUACAUGCGCCAGUCUGAGAUCAGGGCGCUUCUCCCUACCAACAUCUCCCGAUACAUCGACUUCACAACACAAGAAGGCCCAUCACCACUGUCUUCCUCCCUUCCAGGCAGUAUUCCUGUUAUCAAUGCGUCUUCCCUAUUCGCCGCAACUGCAAAGAUGGGCCGAGCGUCUGGCAACGACGUCAACAAGCUACUGGCAACUGCAGCGACCCAUGCCAGUUCAGCUCUUGAGAACCGUACGCAGGAUGAUGCGGCAAUUAGCCUGAUUAGUGUUCAAGAUCUCGAGACGGUCAAGGGGGCUCCUGAUGCCCUUACCAUUGUCGACUGGAACGCCUCUUCUGUCUCUAUCACUGUACAACCCGCAACCGCCCAAUUCAAGGCUGAUCGGACUUAUUGGUUGGUUGGACUGUCUGGCGAUCUUGGAAUCUCUAUCGCAGACUGGAUGAUUCGAAAUGGCGCCAAGUACCUAGUUGUCACUAGUCGCAACCCGAAAGUCGAUGAGACGUGGCUUAAGAUUACAGAGGCGAGAGGCGCAGUGGUUCGUAUCGUGGCAUGUGACCUCACCGACUACAACGCCCUCUCGCAGGCACAUCGCGAGAUUUCCAGCACGUUGCCUCCGAUCGCCGGUGUCUACCAAGGCGCCAUGAUUCUGCUUGAUAUGUCGCUCCGCGAUAUGGGACUGGAGGAUUUCAGCCGCGUUCUCCGUCCCAAGGUCGAGGGUAGUCUGAACCUUGAUCGCGUUUUAGGAGAUGAGCCACUAGACUUCUUCAUCUUCUUUUCCUCAGUUGCAACUGUCGCAGGUAAUCCUGGCCAGGCAGGUUACACGACCGCCAACUUGUUCAUGAGUGGCAUGGCGCAGCAAAGACGCAAGCGUGGUCUGCCCGCGUCGGUCGUGGAGCUUGGCUUGAUCAUGGGCACAGGCUACAUCACCCGCGAGAAGGGCAAUGUCCUCACUCGACCCUCUUUUGAGCGAGGACUCUUGACAAUCUCCGAGUAUGAUGUUCACCAGACACUGGCAGAGGCCAUCCAGUAUGGCCAUCCCGAGUCGGGUGCCGAGUGGCAGAUCUCCAUCGGACUGAGACGGAUGCCGGCCAACGCGCCUAACCGGCCGCAGUGGUACAGCUAUCCUCAGUUCGCGUGUCUCACGGAGAGGGUCGCUGUUGAAGACACAAGCGCGGCUAAUACGCAAGCUGGUCCGUCUAUCAAGGACCAAUUGGCCAAUGCGACUACGAGAGAUGAUGUUGAGAAGAUCAUCACCGAAUCUUUCAUUGCCGAGAUGCGCAAGAUGCUCCAUCUCAGCGACGACUAUGCCAUCACAACCGCCGUUCGCACCGACGAGCUGGGCCUCGACUCUCUGGUCGCCGUCAGGAUCCGUUCUUGGUUCCUCAACAACUUCCAGGUCAACAUUCCUGCGCUCCGGAUUCUCAAGGGCGAAGCACUCCAGGGUCUCAUCGACCACGCUGUGGAGGAGAUACCGGAAGAGCUUGCACCCAAGUUGUUCUCUUCUUCUCAGUCUGAGGACACAUCACCAUCCUCUGAGGAGUCAUCCCAAAACUCUGGAACACCACCUUCGACCGCUCCCGAGACAGAGAACUCAUCUGUAGUCAACGGCGAUCUCGGAAUCAAGGAGGAGAAAGAGGCAAGACCUCAGGAAGUUCAGUUGGAAAGGUUCGGGCGCUUGUCUUACACCCAGUCAGUAUUCUUGUUUGUGCACGAACUCUUGCCUGACAAGACCACUCUGAACAACACAGUUAUGCUUCAUCUUAGCGGGGAAGUGCGCAUUCCCGAUCUCUCCCGCGCUGUUCGAGCCUUAGGAGAACGCCACGAGUCGUUGCGUAGUUGCAUCUGCGAGCGCGACGGCCAGCCCAGCCAAGGAGUCAUGAAGACCCCGUCUUUCGCCCUCGAGCACAAGAGGAUCUACACCAAGAACGAACUCUUCGAUGAGUACGCAGCACUCCGGGGCCAUGUCUUCGACCUUAGCCGAGGCGAGACCAGCCGUACGAUUCUACUGUCAUACUCGCCACGGGAUCACUACCUUUUGAUGAGCUCUCACCACAUCUUUUUCGAUCGAGCCAGCAAUGACGCUGUCAUGGGCGACCUGGAGCGCCUGUACAACGGAUAUCCCCUCGACCCGAACCCUCUCCAAUACCUCGAUUACUCUGAUGACCAGCAAAGGCAGUACUCGUCCGGAGAAUGGGACGAGGCCAUCAACUUCUGGCGCCACGAGUUUACCACUAUUCCCGAUCCUCUAUCCCUCCAUCGCAGCCAGAUCUCUGAGCGGCAGCCUCUUGAGCGCUACGCCUCCCGCAUCCCAGACUUCCGCAUCGACAAGCAGCUCUCAGCAAAGAUUCGUCAGGUAGCUAGGAAGUAUCGCGCCACGCCGUUCCACUUCCACCUCGCGGCCUUCAAGACACUCCUGCACAGGUUCCUCGGCACCACCGACGUCUGUAUCGGUAUCGCAGACAGCUGCCGGCGAGACGAUAGUAUGCGCUCCGGCAUCGGCCCGUUCCUCAAUAUGCUGCCUCUGCGCAUGGCCGCAAGCGCUGAACAGCCCUUCCUUAGUGCUCUGGACGAGGCGAGGGAGAAGAGCUUCGCUGUCCUUGCCAACUCUAUCCCACUCGAGGUCAUCUUGAACGAGCUCCGCAUCUCACGCCAGGCUACUCAUACACCCUUGGCACAGGCAUUCAUGAAUUAUGCCGAGAACGACCUUGAAGACGGCCAAAUGUUCCUCGGGUGCCGGAUGACGAUGAUGAAGCAGGAGAUGGCUGAGCUUCCUUACGACAUUACCUUCACCGUGAUCAACAACACCACUGGGGAUACACGCAUUCUCUUGAACUUGCAAGAGUCCUUGUACACAGAGUCUGAUGCGCAGAUCUUGCAGCAUGGAUACGAGGAUAUUCUUCGCGAGUUCGCCAACGCACCGGAUCAGGCUGUUGGUAGCGCUUGGCACUUUAGACCUGCUGUUCUGCAGAAGGCUCUUACAUUGGGACGCGGCGCGACUUUUAACUCAUCUUGGCCCGAAACCCUCAUUCAUCGAUUCGACAGCUUCUUCCCGACUGUCAGGGAGAGAGUUGCCGUGACCGACGACGCUAGUGACUCGAUUACCUAUGCACAACUCUCUACUAAGACGAACGCGAUUGCAUCGGAACUCCUUCGUCAAGGUGUCCAGCCCGGCUCCAGAGUCGCUGUCUUUCAGCACCCAUCAAUCUGUUGGAUACCUUCUCUCCUUGCGAUCCUCAGGAUUGGCGCCGUCUAUGUCCCACUCGAUGUCAAUACACCAGUCGCAAGACUAUCUCUGAUCGUGCGCGACAGCGAACCUUCCUCAAUCUUAGUUCAUUACUUGACGAAAGACGAUACAACAAAUCUGGAGCUAGAGAGAGGUACUUCUCUAGUCAACGUGUCAGCCUUGGAAGAGUUGAGUGAGAAAGAGGUUCCCAACCUCGCUCAACCAGACGCACCAGCCAUUAUUCUGUACACCAGUGGCUCAACGGGAACCCCGAAGGGAGUCAUCUUACGCCAUAGCAGCUUGAAGCACGAGUUCGAUCAUUGUGCGGCCACCUACGGGUUGAACCAAGAUGAUGUCGUUCUCCAGCAGAGCGCUUGGAGCUUCGACCUAUCCGUGACGCAAAUCUUCUUAGCUCUCGGCGUGGGAGCCCAGCUGCACACGGUGUCUCACACUCUGCGCGCCGACUCGCACGCAAUGGUCCAGCUUAUCAAGGGCCGAGGUGUGACGGCCACCUACGCGACUCCAACUGAGUACAAGAGUUGGUUGAGACGCGAAAAUCAGGGCACAUUGCGGUCCUCGGUCUGGCGGCUGGCUUUGGUCGCUGGAGAAGCCGUCACUGAGCCGCUUCUACAGGUCUUCCGUGAGGUAGAUCGCGAGAGUCUCCGUCUAUUCAAUGUGUACGGUCCGACAGAGACAACAUGUGGAUCUACCAAAAUGGAGCUAUCGUACCGUGAGCCUGGGUUUUAUGAUGGAACUAUUCCCGUUGGGGUGGCAUCGGCAAAUGAGCGGUUUUAUAUCUUGGACGCCAGUCUGAGCCUUCAGCCGGUUGGUCAGAUGGGUGAGAUUGCCAUCGGUGGUGUUGGCGUUGCCAAAGGCUACCUGAAUAUGGAGGAUCGGACUCAGGCAUCCUUCUUGCCGGAUCCCUUUGCAACCGAGGACGAUCUGAAGCGCGGAUGGACGACCAUGUACCGAACAGGAGAUGUCGGAUACCUGCAGCCCAAUGGGACCCUCGUUCUGAAGGGACGCAUCGGAGACGACACAGAAAUCAAGCUGAAUGGUGUUCGUAUUGAUUUGAAGGACGUGGAGAAUACCGUCGUGCAAGCUUCCAACGGUCUUCUCGCCGAUGCCGUGGCGUCUCUUCGCAGCACAUCUGACGGGUCGGUCAAGUUCAUGGUUGUUCAUGUCGUCUUCUCGGGCGAGAGUCUGACCGGCUCUACGAGCAAGUUCCUCAAGAAGCUUCUCGCAGAAUUGCCAUUGGCACGCAACAUGUGUCCCUCGGCCCUCAUCCCGAUUGACUCGCUUCCCAGAACGGUAGCUGGCAAGGUCGACAGACGGGUCAUCGCUUCUCUGCCGAUCUCGCAGGGGCUUUUCCAUCGCGCUGAGCAUGAUGGAGAUGGUUCCGAAGGGUCCAAGAGACUGACCACGGCCGAGAAGAUACUCCAGAGCUAUUGGGAACUUGUGAUCCCUGAAGAGCUGAUUGGACUGCACGACAUCGAAGCGGAUUCCGAUUUCUUCACCAUCGGAGGUAACUCGCUUCUUCUGAUCGAGCUUCAGGGUCGGAUCCGUGCGGAUCUCGGCAUCUUCAUCGAACUGCCCAAGCUUUUCCAAGCUACUACCCUAAGGUCGAUGGCACGACUUCUUCCCGGGAUUGACGAUACGGAGCCGGAGCUCGAAAAGCAAAUCGAUUGGGCAAGCGAAACUGCCCUGCUGCCGGGAGAUACUGCUUCUGAGCGAGAUACUGCCGAGCCUGUUACGAAGCCUCCUCGCACUGUUGUCUUGACCGGAGUCACUGGUUUCCUCGGCAAAUAUCUCGCCAGAUCCCUUGUCAAGAAGGAGAACAUCGAGAAGGUCAUUUGCAUAGCCGUCAGGAACCCCAAGAACCAAGCUCGCCAAGAUCUACUUUCUGAGCUUGGGCCAAAGGCUGAGUUCUACGAAGGUGAUCUGAGCUUGUCUCGCCUGGGUCUCACGGAAGAAGCAGCCCUCCGCAUCUUCCAAUCCGUCGAUGCGGUGAUCCACAACGGCGCGGAUGUCUCGCAUCUCAAGACUUACCCCUCCCUCCGCGCUGCAAACCUCGUCGCAACGCAGGAGCUCGUCCGACUGUGCAGUUCCCGGCAGAUUCCGCUGCACUAUGUAUCCACCACGGGUGUCGCCAUGUAUACCCCUUUCAAGGAGCUGGCUGAGGUCUCGGUCCGCGAACAUAUGCCACCAGCGGACGGUCAACACGGCUACGUUGCAUCGAAGUGGGCCAGCGAGGUAUACCUCGAGAACGUCCACGCAGAAAGCGGUCUGCCAAUCUACAUCCACCGCCCGUCGAGCAUUAUGCGUCCCGAGGCCGACAGGACCGGCGAGAACCCGGCCGCUGAUGUUUUACAGAACAUGCUGGAUUACUCAAGGCGGGUGCGCGCCGUGCCAGCCGCACCUGGUCUUCGCGGCUUUGUCGACUUGGUGAAGCCGGGGACGGUCACUAGUGGGGUGGUGGGGGCUGUCAUGUCCGGGUCUAAGGAGGAUGAAGUUGUGUACAUCCACGAGUCUGGCGACUUGGAGUUGAAUGUGAGCCAAAUAAGAGAGCAUUUGGAGACUGAGACGGGAGAAGCUGUUGAGGCAUUGGUUUUGGAUGAGUGGAUUGAUCGCGCGGAGGAGAUUGGGCUGUCGCCUGCUAUGGCUGCCGUGUUCCGGAGUUCACUGGGGUCUGGGGAGCCGAUGAACCUGCCAAAGUUAUUGAGGCGGUGA